AUGGGUUUAGCUGGGACUAAAGUGAAACAAAGAUUUGGUUUAGAUCCAAGAAAUACAAACUGGUCCAAUAACACGUCCAGAUUUGGUCAUCAGUAUUUGGAAAAAAUGGGAUGGAAGCCAGGCAAAGGGUUGGGUUUAGUUGAGCAUGCCACCACCUCACACGUCAAGGUUUCCAUCAAAGAUGAUAAUAUGGGAUUAGGUUCCAAACUAGCUAAGAAGCAGAAAAGCGACGAGUUUGAUAGUGGAGAAUGUGCUGGUUUAGAUGUUUUCCAAAGGAUUCUUGGGAGACUUAAUGGGAAAGAGGAACAAAUAAACAAAGAGAUAGAAAGAAAAAGGAAAGAUACCAUUAUUAAUGGUAAAUGGGGAAUUCAAUUUAUCAAAGGAGAUGUUUUGCAAA